UAGGCUCAGCAAGCAGCAUGCUGACUGAUGAUAUUUUAUUGUCCAUCAUGGAGAGAGUCGACAUAACUACGUGUGUAAGGACAAGUGUCUUAUCAAAUCGUUGGAAACAUCUGCCAUGGUUGCUCCGUGAGCUCAACAUUGAUGUCAAAAGAUUCCUAUCUGUUCCUUCCCCAAACCCUAUUGAAGUUAAACAGAUGGAUGAAGCAAUGGCCUCCCUAACCAAAGCAAUUACUAGCUUCCUGGCUACUUCCCGCAGUGAAGCUACCAUCAAAAGGCUGCAACUUAGGCUCUAUUUGGUCAACGAUUACUCAGAUGCCAUUGGCCCUAUAGUUAGUCAAGCAAUUGACACAGGGAGUGUAGAAGGUUUAGAUCUGGCCAUUGUGGAUGAGAAGGAGCCUGAUGACUGUCGCGAUGAGGAAAUGCUUCAACAAGCUCGUACUGUGGAUAGCUUUUUCAGUACCUAUCCUAGCGUGCUCCAUUGCCUCACAAAACUAUCAUUGUAUAAUGUAUUGUUUGCAGAAUGGGACUUGCAUCACAUCUUAUUUGAUUGUUGCAAGCAAUUGCAACAUCUCUCUCUGUUCAACUGUGAUGCAGGUGGAUUCUCAGCAUGGGAGAUACAAGCACCAGAUUCGAAACUUAGUGUUCUUGAACUUUCCUUCUGCUGCUUGGGGGAACUUAAGGUGCUCUGUCUUCCAAAACUAGAGCGACUCCGUUGGCAUACUUGGAUUUCUCCAAAAAGGCCCCUGUCAUUUGAUGUUGUUCCGUCCCUUAAAGAAUUGAGCCUCGUAUGUGGUGCCAUAGUUGAUCAUCGAGGAUUUAUGUUAAGUGAGGUUCUAAAGGAUACAACAGCAGUACAUAACUUAACAUUAAAUUUUCAAGGAGAAAGGAUUUGGAUAAAACCGGAAGGGAAACAGCUAUGCACUGCAUUCAACAAACUAAGGAAGUUAUCUUUACACGGCAUUUUUGUUGAAUAUGACCUAUUAUGGACGAUAGUUCUCCUUGAAGCUGCGACAUCCAUUGAAAUAUUUGAUAUUGAGAUAUGGGAACAUCCAUGCAUACUAGAUACUGAAGGGAGAAGGCAGACUUUUGGUGAGAGAACAAAUCCAUCAUGGAAGGUGGCUGAGUUCAAAAGUUGUAAGGAAUGGCCAUUGAAAGAGUUUCAGAUUACUGGCUUUAGUCCAAUGGAGCAGCAAAUAACACUUAUAAGGGCUAUAAUGCAGCGAGCUUCCAACUUACAAACCAUUAUCCUAAAAGAUUACCAGACUUGUGAUUACUGUGAGGAGAUAGGCGCACUUCCUCGCUGUGAAAGAUUACCACCAGAGCGCGUGUUCCCGAAGGGAAAGGGUGAGCAGGACACAGCAGUUGAGCAACUGAUUAGAGACAUGCCCGACUGCAAUAUUCAGAUAAUUUUUGGGAAUUAAAAAGUUAUAGAACAUUUUGUCGUGUCUUCCUUUCCUAGUAGUAUCAAAAGAUUCUUGGGGAUUAAAUUUCAAACAGCACAUAUAGCUUCAUUAUUCUCGGCGGCAGUAUUGUGGAACCCUUGUUUUAUUUUUGUCCAUAAGGAAAUGUACCUGAAAUAAUCGUCAGAUUUUAUGGAUAUCAGAGGCUCCUUUGAUUGAA